AUGGAGGAAGCAGCAACUAUAUCGCAAGAAUUUCUAUUCUCCAUAGAGUCACGUAUACCCAGCGACAUAUUGGAGCUCAUAUUCGAGGCUGGAGCCCGUAUUUCGCACUGGGAAGGCGCCGCACAGCCUAAACCACUCGAAAUUGUGGUGUCGCAUGUGAACCAGCGAUGGAGGCAGAUCGCGGUCAACCUCGCGUCAUUGUGGUCCUCGAUCUUUGCAACACCAUUCGAGGCUGUCGACAAGCUGGAGACAUAUCUCCACAGGUCCAAAAACCACAAUCUACGCGUUUGUUUAUUCGCCUGUGUUGGCUGGUGGCGGAGGGACAUGCUGGAGCAAAUGCGACCACAUCUUCGUCGUUUCCGGCGAUUUCAUUUGGUCACCAACUUUGUCCACCCGUCUCCGACGGUUAGCUCCCACUUCGAAGACUUCGACAUGCCGCAUCUCAACACUUUUCUGUUCACUCCGCUGGAUUCCGGGGAGUAUCAUGGGGAUUCCAUCGCGUCACCAUUCCUCCCAUUUACUCGCCCAUCACCCUCAUUAACGUCGCUGCGGCUGAACGGGCCAACGAUGGAUCUAAUCCGGCCACCUUUUGCCACGAUCGUUCAACUCUGCUUGACCGAGGAGCGGUUUCCGUUCCCAUUUCGCUCCGUUUGCGAUAUUUUGCAGAGUUGCAACGCUCUUGUCAAGCUUUCUUUCUCCGGGCACACUCAACGCCCUCAUCGACGAUUGGCUACCCCUCUUGAUGUCGUACCGUUUGUCAUUCCUGAGCUCAAGUAUCUUAUGCUCGCCAAUGGAGGCAAUUGCGAUGUUUUGCUAUCGGCUCUCAGUGCCCCAAAGCUAUGUGGAAUGCGACUCUGCAACUUCGAAGAGGGGGAUAUGGCAUACUUCCUGCAACUUUCCCAGGUGUCCAAGUUUCCCAUUCUCGAGUCGCUGUCCCUCGUAGACGAUACAUUCUCGGUUAGCGACUACCACGACAUCGCGCGCGUUUUCCCCGCCAUUCGCUCCUUUGCGUGCUUAAACUCGUCAUUCACAGACGACGUUCUGGAGUUCCUUGUCCCCCUCCCAACAUCAGACAGCGCGUUGGAUAUGCCCUGGCCCAAUCUUGCAUCCUUUUCUUUCAGUCAGGCCCAGUUCCACGAAAAGCAUCAGGCGCUGUUGUGCAGUCUUGUCUCUACACGCAUUGCGCUGCAGGCGCCAUUGACCCACCUUUUCCUGGGGUCGGCAAACCGGCUGAUAUUGGACACGGAGCGGGCGCUGUGGUUAGAGGAGGAGCUUCAUCUUGCGGACGGGGCUGAACUGCCGGAAGACGAGGAGAUGAGUUUGCUGAUGGAGUUUUCUGGGGACGGGUAUAGGUGUUGA